UCGUAUUAUGAGAACAUAUGGAUUUCUUUUGAUCCAGCUGAUUCUGUGCUCUUCUUCUUUCGGCCUCGGCGAAAUCAAACGCGAUGUGAAAAUCAGCGAUGUAUACAAUACAGCUGAUGCGAACAUAGUGAAAGACAACGAUAAAUCGUAUCGGCAAGUGUCAACAAGUAAGCGAGAAUCCGAAGAAGAGGCUGCCCAACCGUUGAAACUUCCCAAAAUUAACACUCAAGGAACUCAAUGCUAUGAUGUGUCUUCAGCAAAACGCUCAGCCGACUCUGAACCAGAUUUAGAGGCUAGAUAUAAGCCUAUCAUUAUCAACGAAAAAAAUAAGAAACGUCGAAGUCCUUUUGGUAUAGUCUACAACCAAGGGAGACCAAUAGGAAUUUUGGAACCAAUUUCUAAGAUGUACGAAUUCCAAGAAUAUCCAGUAGAAAAGGUAAAUGAAGCACCUUUGCUGAAGAGAAACGCUGAGGAUGUUUCAUCAAUGGCUGAAGGAAACGGUAAAUACGCAUCUAUACUGACCAGUUUCAAAAUCGGAAAUAGAAUGAAAGUGAAGCAGCUAGGGGAUGAAGCCCCUUUUGCGCAAUCAUCGCAAGAAAAGAAGCAGAAAGCCAAGAGGAGCGCUGAAAAAUCUCAUCAGAAUUUGAACGAAAUUGAGAAUAAUUUGAAGGAAAUCAUGGGUGAUCUGGGUUUGAUUAAUCAAAACUCGCUGAAGGAUGACUCUAAACGCGAAGCUGCUGAAGACGAGGAUUUGGAUGCAGGAUUAAACAAGAUCGGACUCACGAAGGAAUCGCAUUCUGAAAGAAAUAAAAAAGAAGAUUGUCCAGGUAAAACAUCUGAUCUGACCACUAGAACUGCUUCAAAGCAGUUGAAAAAUUCCGAAAUUCCUAUAAACGGAGAUGCAAAUUUCCGCGAUGAGAAGCAAUCCAAGAAAAACAAAAUAUCUGAUUUUCGUGCAGAUGGUGAGGCUUUCAUCAGAAAGAAAAGGCAACAAGCCAAUGACCUAAUGAAGGGUUUGGAAACGUCAGGAGAUUUAACAGUGAGCGGUAACAAAUCUCCUUUGGCUUCGUCUAGCACGGCAGCAGAGGCCGAAGGAAAGCAGAAGGUAACGGAAAAGGACGAAAAACGAGACAAGCAAAUAGCAACGGAAAAUCAGGAAUAUGAAAAACGUUUGCAGCGAAACAUUGAACAUAAAAUAUCUGAAAUUAAGGAGCAAGUAAAACGAGAAAUUAAAGCGCUCAAGGAAAAGCACCCUGAACACAAAGUGAAGGCUGAUGAAAAAAAAAGUGAGAAGAAAAAACGUGAAGAGAAGAAGGGUGUUCGAAAGAAGAGAAACUUGUUGGACAAAGAAAUCAAAAUUUUGAAUCCGGUGAAUACGGAUGAACACCAGGAACCUCAUAUUAGAAAACGCAGGGAUGCUGCAGCAAUUGAUGAUAAAGAAGAGCAAGAGGAACAAUUGAAUGAAGGUCCAGACAAGCGGGUCACUUGGAAAGAGCUAGACACUGCUGAUUUACAAAAGCGCAGUGAACCUGGAAAAAAAAUGAUACACAAUAAUCCAAAAAGUUACGAAUAUGAAUAUCGAACUAAGAAGGAAGUAGACAAGGGUUCUGCGGCGAUUUCAGCGGCCGCAGUUGCAACGGAAGAAUUAAAAGAGAAAAAAGUUCAAGAAGAUGAAAGCGGCGAAGCUGAAGCGGCUGAAGAUAUGGGAGAAGUGGCAGCCAAAUUGAAUGAAGAGAGUUCUAAAGCCGAGGGUUUUCAGGACGUUCAAAAUCAGGAUGUUGCAAAGCUAGCGGAACCUCAAGCCAACCAUGCACUUGCAGCCAGGGGAUCCACAGCCAAAAAUGCACAUGCAAUAGCUAACAGACCAUUUAAGUCGGAUGAAUUUGACGCAGCAAAACUGGAACAUCUGGUGUCUGAGAGCACUUCGCUCACACAAUCCGUUAAGAAUGAAAGGGGUACGAGAUCUGGUAAUAGUCCAAAAAUCGAAGUGGAGCUGCACUCUGGCAAAAACGAUAUGAUUAAAGCAAAUCCCGAAAAGAAGCAAGCAGAAUUGCAAGAAAAUAAAGGGGAUGCAGAAAUUGCAAAGCGCUCUGAAAAACGAUCAAAUUUUGACCAGAAAAUUAUUAAAGAAAAAUCCGAUGCAAAAGUGGACACACAAACCAAAGAAGCACUCUCCAAGCGCUCAGCAAAAUUAGAACCGGAAAUAUCUCUAGAAGAUAUGCAACAAUUAGACAGCGAAAAUACUGAGAAAAGAAGGAAGAGAACUAAUUCGAGAGUCAAGAGAAAUGAUUACGUCGAACCCAACAACAUGCAGUUUAGAACGUAUCGAAGCGACGAAGACGAAGCAGAUGACGAGAGCGAUGAAUUUGACGAUGAUAAUUUCGACGAUAGAACGGCAAAUUUAAUCCGCAAAAGAGAUGCUACCAAUGACGGCUCUAAUUAUGAUGAAUUUGAUGAGGACUACGAGGUGAAUCGAAGAAAUCCGGUGCAGUUAUCCAAAAGAAAUGCGCAUUUGCAGAAGUACGUAGAUGAGCUAAACUCGGAUGCUUAUAGCAAUCAGAACUAUCUAUAUAAUGGAAAUUUGAGGAAAAAAAGGGAAAAUUUCGAUGAUUUGGCUGCAAUUCAUAGCGGUGGACCUAUGAUGCGACACAUGGCUGCGGCCAGAGAACGAAAUAUGCAGCCACUCGAUUCCACUUAUAGAAGAAAACGACUUGAAAAAUUGAACUCAAUGCAGAACCGCGAUCAAACCAUCACCGGUUUAUCGGAAUCUGACAUCUUUGGUGGUCUUCCUCAAAGUUACGAAGGGGAGUUGUCCAGAUUUAAACGUGUUAAACGCGGCAUAAACUAG